GGAGGCGGGAAGGAGAAACAAAGAGGAAUGCUGUGAUGUCACUCCACACCACACCACUCAUACAAAGGCGUGAGGGAGAGAAACACACACUAACUCAUACUAGUACGCUCACACACAACUAACUCCUGUUGACUCUGUGCCUCUCACUCUGGAUAAAACACACAAAUACACGGUGAAUGUGUGUGCCAGGAAUGAGCAGAGCCGAAACAGUUGGAGCCAGCUGCAGGAGGAUAGGGGUAAUUCUCUCCUGAGAAGAGGAAAAGGAAGAGGAAAAAACUGAACAAUCACAUUUGUAGGAGUGCUUCCUGUUUACCUGCAAACACACACUCUCCUGUUUCCCAACACUUUGUACCAGGCCCCACACACACUCCAACAUGCUGCAGCAAAUUCUCACAAACAUGUACGUCGACCCGGACAUCCUGGAGGCACUGAACGAGGAGCAGAAGAAGACGCUCUUUCUGAAGAUGAGAGAAGAGCAAGUGCGCCGCUGGAAGGAGAGGGAGGAGAAGGAAGAGACGGAAGGCAGGAGAGAGAAGCCCAGGCCAAAGAAAGUCUCUUUUAAGAAAGUGAGUUGGCUCCUGGGACGAGAUGGAGAUGUGCACGUGUGUGUUAUCGGAGAGACAGAUGAGUUCAAAUCUUCCAAACUUCUCCUGUCUGAACUCAGGGAACAAAAUGAGAACAACCUCAACAACACCAACAGACCUCAGAAUCCUGGACAUCUCAAGAGCAGCCUGGGCAACCGAGUGAUCCAGCAGGACAGCAGUAAGCCCGGGAUAGAGCUACUGCUCAACAAAGCAGAGGAGAUGAACCACUCCAACACUCUUCCAGACAUCCAGAAACACAACAACAGUCACUCCACAGAGGAGCUGAAGAACCAAAAGGACGACUCUUCAAAUCUGAGAACACCCAACUCAUACAGGACGGACAGAGAGCCGUUUGUAGUGGCGAGACUGAACCAGUUCGGCUUGCAGAAAAGCGCCGUGGAGCAAGACACACAGGAAAGAGGAGUGGUAAACGAACAGGGACUCGGCUCUCCCUUCGGAGGUCGUGUGGCUCAGCUCAGGAUGAACUUUAACACACCGAACACUAAAGUCCCCUCACCGUGCACCAAACCACCCAUUCCCACCAAACCGGCUCAUCUGCUGACGGCUGCCUCGGUCAGAUAAACAGCACACACGGAGUAAACCAUAUAACACUUGAGAUCAACACCAGCUAUGGGUUCUCGAUAAUUUAACAUUCGCAUACCUGUAAAUAAAAGGACUCCAGCACCACCACACGUGGGACUUCCUUCAGCUGGUUGUACGGAUAUAAAGCAGACAAUGGUGUCAAAGAGGUAGAAAUAAAACCUGAUCUUCUGUAUAUGAUAUCAGAACCCUUUCAAUCACUCCACUGCGGCAAGUCGAUACGCACAGCCUGGACUUUAGCAACACAUCCUCUUUUUUUUUUUUUUUUUUUUUUUU